AUGAUAUUGGGAGCCUACAAGAAGAGAUUUGAGCCUGAAGAGCCUCAAGUAGCAAAAGUCACUCAAUCUGGGCAAACGUAUGCGCAAGCUACAAUGUCUGGGCUGAACCUUUCCCAAGUUCCAAAAAGACCAAGAGAAUGGCCUUCAAGCAGGAGUGGCAGUUCUACCAAUAAGGACAAGAAUCGAGUUGCGACAAGACGCAAGCAUGGAGAGAGAGAAUUGAAACCGCUGAAGAACAAGUUAAAAUCUGGUAUUUGUACCAAAGAAGGAAGUCGCAAUACUAAAGACAGUAAAGCUAUCCUUGAAGCACAGCACAAUCUAUGUUUCCAAGAGAUUAGGAAUGAGAUGAAAGCUGAAUAUAAAGAGCACCACGCUAUUCUGAUCGCUCGUUGCAUGAUGCAGAUCAAGGCAAAGUUUGAUACUGAUGAAGGUCUGAACUUCAUUCAACAGUAUUACAUCAAUCAAGGACUUAAGAAGUUUGGUGAUGAUGGAAAGGAUGCUGUGGAUAAGGAAUUGAGACAAAUGCUCUUGAGAGAUUGUUUCACUCCCGAAUUUGUUAAAGACAUGACCGCGUCUGAGCGAAAGAAGGCCCAAUCAGCGAUGAUGUUACUCGUGGAGAAGCAAUUUGAAAAGACAAUUAAAGGUUGCCUAGUAUUCCGAGGCAAUGGAACUCGUGAAUGGUUAUCGCGAGAGGACACUGCAAGUCCAACUGCUUCACAAGAAGCAAUCACCACUACUUGUGUUAUUCAUGCACACGAAGGUAGAGAUAUAAUGACGCUGGACGUGCCUAACGCUUUCAUUCAAACUUAUAUGCCUGAUGCUAAGGAAGGAGAAGAUCGCGUCUACAUGAAAAUCACUGGCAUGAUGGUCCAGAU